AUGGCAGCCGUGUAUUUCGCUUUGGAAGAGGAGAAUCGGCGGGCACUACGUCGGGAACGCGUCUUUCGCGACCGUCUGCAUCCUUUUGACGUCUAUGAUGACGUCGACUUAAUCAAACGAUAUCGGAUGCCAAGGCCGGUGCUGAUGCAGGUUGUUGACUUAUUGCAUGAGGAUGUCGCGCAUCCCACGAGUCGUUCACAUGCAGUGCCAGCAUCCUUGCAAGUGCUCAGCGCAAUUCGAUACUAUGCUACAGGGACCUUUCAGUUAGUUGAUGGCGAUACCGUGAAUCUUAGCCAGCCAACUAUAUCUCGCAUCGUGACACGAGUUACUGACGCUUUGGCUAGCAGAGCAAGAGAUUUUAUCAAGUUUCCGCUCGAUGACGCUUCUCUGGAUGCGAUAAAGGAGGGAUUUUACACAGACCGGCACCGGAUGCCAAAUGUGGUUGGCGUGGUAGACGGCAGCUUAGUUCAAAUCAAAGCUCCUUCUGUCAACGAGCCGGCAAAUGUUUGUCGAAAGGGCUUCCAUGCCAUCAAUGUUCAAGGAAUUGCACCAACGAUUUGA